AUGGCCAACAGCAGUUUCAAAGGAGACUUCAUCUUGGUGGGCUUCUCUGAUCAGCCACAGCUGGAAAAGAUACUUUUUGUGAUUGUUUUAGUGUCCUAUCUUCUUACACUUGUGGGAAAUACAGUCAUUAUUUUGAUCUCGUUUAUAGACCCUAAACUUAAAACACCCAUGUACUUUUUCCUCACCCAUCUCUCGCUAGUGGAUAUCAGCUUUACCACUAGCAUUGUCCCCCAGCUGCUGUGGAACCUAAGAGGACCAGCCAAGACCAUCACACCACUGGGCUGUGCUGUCCAGCUCUAUGUCUCACUGUCCUUGGGCUCCACUGAGUGUGUCCUCUUGGCUGUGAUGGCUUUUGAUCGUUACGCUGCUGUUUGCAAACCCCUCCACUAUUCAGCUGUGAUGAACCCACAGCUGUGUCAGGCUCUGGCAGGCGUUGCAUGGUUGAGUGGAAUGGGAAAUGCUCUCAUCCAGGGCACAAUAACCCUCUGGCUGCCUCGCUGUGGACACCGGUGGCUCUACCAUUUCUUUUGUGAGGUGCCCUCUAUGAUUAAACUUGCGUGUGUGGAUAUCCACGCCAACGAAGUUCAGCUCUUUGUUGCUUCACUGGUCUUGCUUCUUUUGCCCUUAACAUUGAUAUUGAUGUCCUAUGGCCAUAUAGUUAGGGCAGUCAUAAGAACUGGCUCAGUCCAGGCUUGGAACAAAGCACUGAGAACAUGUGGAUCUCACCUGAUGGUAGUGUCCCUUUUCUAUGGGAGCAUCAUGGCUGUCUAUAUUCAGCCCAACAGCUCUUACGCCCAUACUCAUGGGAAAUUCAUCUCUCUCUUCUAUACAGUAGUGACUCCAACCCUCAAUCCCCUCAUCUACACACUGAGAAAUAAGGAUGUGAAAGGAGCACUGAGAAGGCUAUUUCAUAGAGAUGUAAGCUUAUAA